ACAGGAUAUACGUCAUAUUUAUACGGAAGACCCUGUAGACAGAAAUGUGAGCGUACAAGCGUGGUUUUGAAAUAUAACUGUUCCUCCAUUGAGGAUUUGAAAAGCGAUCAGACAUGUCUACAGCCAAGCACAGGAUGCGCGACAAGAAGAUGAAGAACCAGCCGAUCAACGUCACCUAUUCCUCCCAGGGCAGCUCACACUGGAGGAACGGAGGGGACACCCCUACAGGUCGAGGCCGUGAUCCGUCUCCACAUCCAAGGGGCCAGGGGUCCUCUCACUCAGGCCACGCCCAGGGAGGGAGCUGGGUCCGGGGCCACCAGAGAGAAGGACAGGGGGGCUACUCGCAGGCUCUGCCCAAACACAUCACUGCCUCAGCGUUCGCCAAGGCCCGGGCAGCGGAGGUGAACGCCAUGUUGACGGCCGUCACCAAGACAACGGGCAGCUCCCAUGUGUUUGGAGCUCUUCCUAAACACAUGAGGAGGAGGGCCAUGAGCCAUAACACCAAGAGACUGCCCUGCAGGCUGAGAGACAUGGCCAACAACAUGUUGGAGAAGAGUCAGAAGGUGAAGAAGGAGCAGUCUAAGAGCAAGAGUCGUAAAGCUCGGCGUCGCCACGGCAACGUGCUUCUGGAGUUCAACCGUCGCCAGCGGAAGAACCUGUGGCUGGAGACGCACAUCUGGCACGCCAAGCGCUUCCACAUGGUCAAGAGAUGGGGCUACUGUCUGGGAGACGGGCCGACCUACAAGUGUUACAGAGCCUGUUACAGAGCCAUGAGCUCCCACUGUCUACUGCAGGACAUGUCGUACUACAGCUGUGUGGAGUUACAGGGCCCAGAGGACCAGCUGUUAGCUACCCUGUCUAAACUAACCAGUAAGGAAGCUGGGCCUACGUUUGCAGCAGCCAUGUGUGUGUCAGGCAGGAAACAGGGCAGCGUGGUGGUGUACAGAGCAGGACAGUACCCUCUCCAGCCCCUGGGGCCUGUCACGUUCCUCUGGAGACCCAGAGCACCGGGCCGGGGCCAGGAGGACCAAGGCUCCCAGGGAUCAACACACAGACAGCUGUGGAUCUGGGCUCAUCCCACCAUGAAAACGGACCUCCUCCCAGAGCUGCAGGCUGUCUGUCAGUGUUCUGAGGCUGUACUUCCACCUGGUCCGGUGGAGCACCCGGUCCCACAGCCAGCCCCUACCCCCACCUUGGGCCCUGGUCCUGGGGCUUGUCCUGAGGCGGUGCGGGCCUCGGGUUCUGGUUCUAAGAGGAAGUGGUCCUCCAGGGAGCCUGAGGCUGCAGGUCCACCAGCCAAGAAGCUCCUGGGAUACAGUACCAUGUCUUCUACCACACCCGUCACCUGGAGGUCCAGUACCACUGGCAUAGCCAUCAGUGACCUCACCAUGGAGAUGGUGCGCUAUCGUCUGAUUGGACCUCUAUCACAUUCCGUUCUGACCGAAGCCCUGGCUCCUGCAACACACUGUGAUGCUGCAGGUAAAUCCAGACCAUCUCCCUUCUGGUGGCCAGAUCACUGCGGAGACGACUGUAACAUGUCUCUUCAUCAACAACAAGCUGGUGUCUUCAACAUGCUCAAAGGGGUGUACUCCACAGCGGAGGUCCCAGCUGGCUCAGUUCUGGGUCUGACGGUGGAUGACCCCAGGUUGACCUUACCAAACAAGAGAAGCAAGGCCGUGUCCGACGUCAGGAAGGCACAAGGAGUGAACGAGGAGAGGAGGAGGGAACUGAUGUUGAAGGGGAUCCCUGAACCCCUCAGCCAGAGUUCCCUGUGGGACCGGUCUGUCCGCGACAACGUCACACACAACAAGAUGACAGACCAGGAAGUCAACAGACUGCGUAAUGAUGUUCUGGUCCCAGGCUCCAGACUACCCACCCCUCUGCAGGGUAGAGUACCCGUCCUACUGGUGCAGCAGUCUGGGAAGAGCCAGGGAACAGAGAUGGGGUCCUGGGGGACUGGCUGGGACCUGCUGCUACCCAAAGCCUGGGGCAUGGCCUUCUGGGUCCCUCUGGUUUAUAGAGGAGUUCGUAUCGGAGGGCUGCGGAUGAGUCUGAAACACGCCCAGAAUAAAGGAGAGCCUCACUUUCCCCACGACUACCCAGACUGCCCUGCUGGAGCACGCUUCCAGGAAGAGCAGGAGGCUGAGCUGCUGGCCAAGUUCAGGAGGCGCCCACCAGCCAAACGGACCAAUUACAUCAAACAUGGCUGCCUGGCUCCGUUCCGUUGUCCCUGGCAACAGCUGGCCGAGGAGUGGGAGCUGAUUGUGAAGGAGGAAGGAGGAGAGGAGGCAGUCGCACCAAUGGAACAGGAAGUGACACCACCCCAGAGUAACUUCACGGUCUUGAGGAACAGGAAGUCUCUAAGGCAGCUGUCAGCUUGGUGUCGCCCCACAUCCUCUAAAUGUCAGAGGGCACGUAACCUGGGAUCAACGCCACAACUCAACCGUAACGUCGCAGCGUCUCUCCUCUCGGCACACGGCGGCAGCAGCCUGGUGUGGACCCGUCUCUCCCUCGUCACCAAGGGCCAACCGGAGCGGCACGCCCUGGUGUGUGUCCCCACCGCGGAGGACCUCCAGCUGGUACGUAAGGAGCCCGGCUGCACCGGCCCCCAGGAGCCUCUCCACACUGACCACUUCAAGAGCCGCGUCAAACGGCCACGCAAGAAGGACCACAACAAACCCGGAACAACCUCUUCCUCCGUCAAACCUGAAAACAAGCAGACUGACCCUGCUUCUACCUCAAUCCCUGGUUCUGAUCCUAGUUCCUCACCCAGCCUCACCAACCCCUCUUCCUCCAGUACCUCAGCCUUGACUCUGGGUCUCUGGCCGGAGCCCCUGCCCAGCGUGACCUCCCACUGCUCCAGGGUGACUCUGGGCUGGGUGACCCAGGGGGACUUCUCCCUGUCGGCUGGCUGUGGAGAAGCUCUGGGGCUCCUCAGUCUUACUGGUCUCCUACACACCCUGCUCAGACAGCCUGACAGCCAGAGAGGACUGGUGCUGCUACGGAACCCCGGGUCACUGCAAUACCGCUUCGCUAAGAUCAACAUAGAGGUCUGAGGAGUACUACCGCUUCGCUAAGAUCAACAUCGAGGUCUGAGGAGUACUGAGUGUUCAGUACCGCUUCGCUAAGAUCAACAUCGAGGUCUGAGGAGUACUGAGUGUUCAGUACCGCUUCGCUAAGAUCAACAUCGAGGUCUGAGGAGUACUGAGUGUUCAGUACCGCUUCGCUAAGAUCAACAUCGAGGUCUGAGGAGUACUGAGUGUUCAGUACCGCUUCGCUAAGAUCAACAUCGAGGUCUGAGGAGUACUGAGUGUUCAGUACCGCUUCGCUAAGAUCAACAUAGAGGUCUGAGGACCCAGCUAUAUAAAACCGCAGACUGUGUUCUGAGGAAAAGCCUUGUGCCUUGUGCGACUCCCUUCACCUCACCUCUGUUAGGGGUACUAGUUAUGAAAUGCCUGGCAUGAACACACAACACAACAUGACACAUACUGAAUGCCACAUUGGUUGAGUGGAAGAACUUUUGCUUGAUAAUAAUAAUAAUUCACUGUAAGGUUUUUCAUUGGAGUUGAAAUGCCAGUUAAUUUUUGAGUUGAAUAAUUGUUUUCAUCGAAGGGACUGUCUUCAGAUUGUCCCUGGGUGUGUGUACCGGCUCUGUAGAGAAGACAUCAGUCAUUCUUUGGUUUGCCUCGAUUCCCAUUUAUUUUUAUUUUAUUUUAAAGAGAUCUUUGUUGGAUUUGAUUGAAAUGGUUGACAAUAAAUAAUAAAUCCCUCUACACCAA